AUGAGACUGAAAAAUUUCAAAAUUACUUUAGACAGCGCGGUUUUUUUUGCUGGCUGUAGUGUGAAAGGAAAAGUGUGUCUACAUUUGAAUAAGCCGACCAGAAUUCGAGAGAUAAAAGUAGAGUACCAAGGUGACUGCAAGGUCCGUUGGAAGGAGAUUCAUAUGAUAAAUGGUGAUCCUGUGACUUACCAUUAUUCCAAUGACGAGACCUACUUCAAACGCGAGGAAAACAUUCUAAGCGGUUUUGACACCGAAGACGAGUUGAACGCGGGUGAACAUUUUUUUGAUUUCGAGUUUGAGUUACCACAACAUUUGCCGACCAGUUUUGAAGGGCGACAUGGCAGAGUGAGAUACACGGUAAAGGGUAUUAUCGAAGCCCCUAAAAAAUUACGGACCAAAACCAAAAUCCCUUUCAUGGUUCUCUCGCUUCUGGAUCUAAACAAGGAAGCAGAUGCCGCUAACCCUGUGAGCGAAGAUAAACUCAAGACAUUUUGGGGGCACCUGAAACCUUUAAGAGUCAAAUUAUCACUUCCAGUAGGCGGCUACGUUCCUGGACAGGUCAUACCGGUCAAAACAUCAGUGACAAAUGAUACAGGAGUAGAAAUUAGGAAGUUGAGGGUGCUUCUGAUGAAGAUCAUAAAUUAUCACACAACUCUCAAGUCUCUAGAGGUCAAGGAAGUUAUCGCAGAUUCAGAGUUCCAACUAAAAUUGGGACACGGUAAAGAGGAAGCUUCAAUUGGUUUAAAAGUCCCGGCGCUUCCUCCGUCGAGGAUGGAAUAUUGCAGAAUAAUUGAUGUGGACUACAAGAUCGUUGUUGAAGCCUGCGUCGACAGCUGGUACCACAAAAAUCUUAAAUCCACGGCUAGUAUCAUCAUUGGAUCUGUUCCUUUGCUGUGUUACGAAUUGCCAGUACCCGGAUUCCCAUUCUCACGGUCACCGCCAACCCUUCACUCGGAAUUUCGACCACUCGGAGACCAACCAGUACCUCAAGUCAUUUCACAACCAUACUGGGAAAUUUAUGGGGGUGAAGUUCCUCCCCCAAUCUACGAAGAAACUUUGGAGUACCCUUGUGAAAGACGUGAAAAGUUUAAGAAAAAGGAGAAAGAAUUGGAAAACGAAAGUCAGACGGGAGUUCAAGAGGCGGUGUGUUUCGAAGACGAAGAUUGCGAGGGUGAAGUUAAGAGUUUUGCUCCGUUGUAUCCGGUUUUUAAAUUUGCAACCCGGAACCAUGACGCAUAA